AUGGAGCAGACCAUGAGCUGGGCAGUUUGCAGGUAUAUAUCUAAGCAGGCAUUAAAGCAGAAUUUUGAUCCCCGUGAGGCUCCACGUGAUACAUACCUACUAUGCAAACUGCAGUGGGGUGAGACUGGCGAGCGUUGGACACACUGGGUCAGAAAAGAUCAAUGCCAUGCUGAAGUCUACUUCCUGGAGAAGGUCUUUCAGACAAGAAGAUCCAGUAAAUAUAUCAACUGUUACAUCACCUGGUACUUGUCCUGGAGCCCCUGUGCAAACUGCUGCCGUAAAAUACUGAAUUUCUUAAAGAAGCACUCAUAUGUGAACAUAGACAUACGUGUAGCACGGCUUUAUUACAUACAAGUUGAAAGAAACCUCCAAGGUCUGAAGAAACUUGAGAGCUUGGCGAAUGUAACCAUUGGUGUCAUGAAAAUUAAAGGUAAGGUUUCCCGUGCUUUGUGGGACUGGGAAGGGGUGAACUGGUGA